UAUUAAUACAUAUAUGUAUCCGCGGUUGCAGCUUUUUGGCAUCAUUAUUGUUUUACCAUAUCGUUUGACUAGACAUGUCUUAAGCCAGUGUGAGUUCGGCCCAUUUAUCAUAACAAAGAAGUGAAUGUGCCUCGUACCACCAUAUUGAACCACUACUGAACUAAACGACUUGUUCGCUUUUAUUCCCAUGCUACCAAACUAAAAUGUAUACCCGUCACCUUCCACCUUUCUUACUGGUUAGGGCUUAGUGCUUCGUCGUUGACGUCCAUGGUGGAGCAGCAAAAUUAUGGCGCCUAAAAGCAGACAACAAGCACCAAAGGAAAUCACUUUAAAAUUUUCCGUUUAUGCACUGCUUGGGCCACUGCUUGAUUUCAAGUUUCAGUCUGUUUCGCGGUUUCUCACAGCGCGGUUGUUUCCCUUAUUUCAAAACUAAAAUAAAAAAUAUUUUCUGAGCCAUCAUCAAUAAAUGUUAAAAUGUCCUUUUUGUCGCCAUCAUUGAAACUGGAAAAUCUUUCCGACAAACCUAUAAUGAGUCUAGACUAUUUGCCAGAAGAAAAGCGUUACAAUAAAAAUAAUAUCGUUGCUAAGUGGUGUGCACCGAUGAAUGGUAAAAUGUACCGCAUUGAACUAGAACAUGGCACCACAAGCGGUAGACGUAUGAUAUGGGUUAACGGAAAGGAAGUUUUACGACGUGAUUGGAUGUUUAAAUUAGUAGGUGAGGAUACUUUUUAUAUCGAAGAAUCGCGAUGCAUUAUUAGAGUCAAUCCAGCACCAGGUUUUAAAUAUGAAUACCUAUUAUUUAUUGAUGGUAAGCCACAUGAACAAUAUACAGAGGAACAAACAAAACAGUAUCGUCUGUGGCUCGUGACACUUAACGACGUUGAGUAUCGUAUAAUGCUUGAUAUAGAUUCCUUAAACUUGUAUUUAAAUGAUAACGUUCGAGAGGAAACGAGUGAAUUUGUCGAUGGCGGCACAGAUACAAGAUUCUAUGAAAAUGAUAACGAGAUUGUUUUACAAGCACGUUCAAGUGGCAACAAACAUGAUGGCAUUGUUCAUACACUUAUUGUUAAUGGUGAAGUUGUUCCAGAAGCCAAAAUUCAGGAAAUCUUGCAAGAACCUGUUUCGAUAUUGUCUACCUAA